CGGCAGCGCUGACUGUUUCCAUCAACACAGAAAGACUGACAAUCAAAAGCUGUCUCCAUGGUGAUGAAGUCAUCGGUCGAGGAGGAGGAGGGAGGAUGGGGUCUUGGGAUCCCAGAGAAGAUGAGAAACAAUGCCAACUGGGUGGACGUCACCCAGGAGUUUAAAGGAGCUUGUAAAGAACUCAAACUUGGCGAGCUGCUCCAUGACAAGCUAUUCGGUCUGUUUGAAGCCAUGUCCGCCAUUGAGAUGAUGGAUCCGAAGAUGGAUGCUGGAAUGAUCGGAAAUCAAGUCAACCGUAAAGUCCUCAACUUUGACCAAGCUGUUAAGGAUGAAGCCAUACGGGUGAAGGAUUUAAGUAUUCCUGAGCUCAUUGGGAUCAUGGACACAUGUUUCUGCUGUCUGAUCACGUGGCUGGAGGGGCAUUCUCUGGCUCAGACUGUCUUCACAUGUCUGUACGUUCAUAAUCCGGAUCUGAUUCAAGACCCUGCGCUCAAAGCCUUCGCUCUGGGCAUCCUGAAAAUCUGUGACAUCGCCCGUGAAAAAGUCAACAAAGCUGCCGUGUUUGAAGAGGAAGAUUUUCAGGCCAUGACUUACGGCUUUAAAAUGGCCAACAACGUAACUGAUCUGAGAGUGACGGGAAUGCUGAAAGAUGUUGAGGAUGAACUUCAGAGGAAAGUGAAGAGUACCCGCAGUCGACAGGGUGAACAGCGAAAUCCUGAGGUGGAACUGGAUCAUCAGCAGUGCUUGGCUCUGUUCAGUCGUGUUAAAUUCACUCGUCUGCUGCUCAGCGCGCUCAUCUCCUUCACCAAAAAAGAGACGAGUGCUGUGAGCGAAGCACAGAAGCUGAUGAGUCAAGCUGCUGAUUUACUGCCUGCAGUCCAUGCUACCAUACAGUACGGCAUACAGUCGCAGAACGACACUACCAAAGGAGAUCACCCGAUCAUGAUGGGUUUUGAGCCUCUGGUUAACCAGCGCCUGCUCCCACCUACGUUCCCCCGAUAUGCCAAGAUCAUCAAGCGAGAGGAGAUGGUCAACUACUUCAGCAAACUCAUUGAGCGCAUUAAGAGCGUGUGUGAGGUCAUCAACAUCACCAACCUGCACAGCAUCCUGGAUUUCUUCUGUGAAUUCAGUGAGCAGUCUCCAUGUGUGCUGUCUAGAUCUCUACUGCAGACCACGUUUCUGAUCGACAACAAGAAGGUGUUUGGGACUCAUCUGAUGCAGGAUAUGAUUAAAGAUGCGCUGCGCUGUUUUGUCAGUCCACCUGUUCUUUCCUCAAAAUGCAGUUUGAAUAAUAACCACCAGGCUAAAGAUUAUAUCGACUCCUUUGUCACACACUGCACGCGGCCGUUCUGCAGCCUCAUCCAGAUUCACGGACACAACCGAGCCCGACAGAGAGACAAACUGGGUCACAUUCUGGAGGAGUUCGCCACACUUCAGGAUGAGGCAGAGAAGGUGGACGCUGCUCUUCACGGUCUGCUGAUGAAGCUGGAGCCGCAGCGGCAGCAUUUAGCCUGUCUGGGCACCUGGAUCCUCUACCACAACCUGCGCAUCAUGAUCCAGUACCUGCUCAGCGGCUUUGAGCUGGAGCUCUACAGCAUGCACGAAUACUAUUACAUCUACUGGUAUUUGUCAGAGUUCUUGUAUGCGUGGCUGAUGUCGACGUUGAGUCGAGCCGACAGCUCUCAGAUGGCGGAGGAGAGAAUCCUGGAGGAGCAGCUCAAAGUGCGCAGCAGCAAGAAGAGCAAGAAGAAGAAGAAAGCUCGUCCUCUGAGUAAAGAGAUCACCAUGAGCCAGGCUUACCAGAACAUGUGUGCUGGCAUGUACAAGACGAUGAUCGCGCUGGAUAUGGAUCGAAAGGUGCGCAAACCUCAGUUUGAGCUGGACAGUGAGCAGGUGCGCUACGAGCAUCGCUUCGCCCCUUUCAACAGUGUGGUCACGCCACCACCAGUUCACUACAUCCAGUUUAAGGAAAUGUCCGAUUUGAAGAAGUACAAUCCUCCUCCUCGCUCAGCGGAUCUCUAUAUGGCUGCCAGUAAACAUUUCCAGCAGGCCAAACUCAUUCUGGAAAAUGUCACCAGCCCUGAUGCAGAGGUUAAUCGUAUCCUUAAAGUGGCCAAACCCAAUAUUGUUGUAAUGAAGCUGCUGGCUGGAGGACACAAGAAGGAGACCAAGGCCCUUCCUGAAUUUGACUUCUCUGCUCACAAAUACUUCCCCAUAGUCAAAAUCCUUUGAGAUCCUCCACGUUUCCAGGCCUGGACUCAUCUUCUGUAAAAAAGCUGAAUAACUUCAUAUCCAUCGCUGUAAUGGUACAGUUAUGGAUGCCCUCACUGUGGUUUGGUUUGAACAGUUCGUGUUUUUGUUUGGUUGAUUCAAAUCUAUUAAAUUGGGAGGAAAAAAAAA